AUGAAGAGAACAAAGAGAGCCUUCUUGUCUCCCGUAGCUGUCAUGGAGCCACAAGUUACUUCCAGAGUUCCUUCCCCUCCUCCCGAGGAGGAUAAGGAGGCGGCUACCACGAGGAUCCUCCUGGCCAUGCAGGAGCAGAUCUCCUCUUUAGUUGGAGUGCUCUCAAAGGAUCCUCCCCGUAGGAAGGACACUUCCCUUCCGAUCAAGAGGUCCUCUCGGCGCUUAGAGGUUCCUCCCCCCAAGUUCGUUUCUUCAGAUCGACGGUAUGUCAAGAAAGUUGAAGGUGUGUCUGAACGCCCUCCUUCUAUGAGGACGUUUCCUCUUGCCAGUAAACAAGUAGCUCCUCCUUGUGAUUGGUCCUCUUCAGAUCAAGAGGAGCCUACCAGGAAGCGCGAGGCGCUCUCCAGGCACAAAGUGCCUUCCUGGCAGGAGGAGCCAGUCAGGCACGAGGCACCAGCCAGGAGCGAGGAGCCAGCCAGGAGCCAGGAGUCAGCCAGGCACAAGGCACCAGCCAGGAGCCAGGAGCUAGCCAGGUGCGAGGCACUAGCCAGGAGCGAGGAGCCGGUCAGGUGUGACGCACCAGCCAGGAGCGAGGAGUCAACCAGACGCAAGGCUCCAGUCAGGAGCGAGGACCCAACCAAGAGCGAGGAGCCAGCAAGGCGAGGGGCUCCAGCCAGGAGCGAGGAGCCAGCCAGGCGUGUGGCGCCAACCAGGAGCGAAGAGCCAGCCAGGCGCGUGGCGCCAACCAGGAGCGAGGAGCCAAUCAGGAGCCAGGAGCCUGCUAGGCUUGUAAGAAGGAAAGUUUCUGAAUGUCAAACUUUGGGGCAAAGAGCUUCGAUGUCGAUUAGCUCUUCCCCAGAUAGAAGCCCUUCCCCUACAGAACGAAGGAGGUCUUGGAAAGACUUAUCCUCCAAAAGGGAACGCUCUCCCUCAUCCGAUCUCUUACUAGAAGAUGUGUCGGAAGACGAGUCUCCUGCAAAUGAAGGUCUUUCUAACUACAAGACUUUAACCACCUUAUUGCUUCAGGAGUACGGAGAUUUGCUUAGUCCUGCCGCUCCUCCUUCUCCUCGUUCGCUUUUCUCCAGUACUAGAACAUCAAAGUCCUCUUCCUUUUUGAAAAUGAGACCGGCUAUUUCUAUGAAGAAGGCCCUCCAGUCUCUCGAUUAA